AUGAGAUCCUCCACUGUUGCCUCGGCCUUGCCGAUUGCCGUUUCGGCCUGCGGAAAUAGCACAACACCAGCUCCGGCCGCUUGCACUGUUACCAACUAUACUGCGCUAGCCUCUGCCGUCGCCAAUUGCACAAACAUUGUCCUCCAGGAUCUCUACGCCCCGGCCAACUCGUCAAUCGAUCUCACUGAUCUAAAGAACGGGUCUACCGUUACUUUUGCCGGCACUACUUCAUUCGGAGACACUCCCGACCAUGACUUCCUCCCCAUCCAGAUUGGAGGCUCUGGCUUGACCAUUCAGGGAGCCGAGGGUCACGUGCUUGAGGGCAAUGGCGCCGCCUACUGGGAUGGACAGGGCUCCAACGGUGGUGGUUCAAAGCCAAACUGGUUCAUCAAGCUGGCGGGCGUCUCUGAUACCGUCGUCAAGGGCCUGAACAUCAAGAACUGGCCGGUCCACGGAAUCCAGAUCACCUCCAACAGCAGCAAUGUGACCAUUGACGGCCUGAACAUGGAUAACAGCGCCGGCUUCGAACCCAACGAUCUGUCCGAUGGUGAAGCCGCUGCCCACAACAGUGAUGGAUUUGGUGUUUCCAGCAGUGACAGCAUCACCAUCAAGAACACCAACGUCGUCAACCAGGACGACUGCGUUGCCGUGACCAGCGGUACCAAUGUCGUUGUCGACAAUGUGUACUGCGACGGUGGCCACGGUCUUUCCAUUGGCUCCAUUGGCGGCAAGUCGGACAACACCGUCGACGGUGUCAUUUUCAGCAACAGCGUGCUCGUCAACUCGAGCAACGGCGCCCGCAUCAAGACCAACUCCAACACCACGGGUCUGGUCACCAACAUUACCUACAAGAACAUCACCAUGAGCAACAUCACCGACUACGGUCUGGAUGUGCAGCAGGACUACCUCAACGGCGGCCCGACGGGCGAGCCCACCAAUGGUGUCAUCAUCUCCAACAUUACCUUUAUCGACGUUACGGGUACCGUUGCCGAUGACGACGCCUACAACUACUACAUUCUCUGUGGUGAUGGAUCGUGCAGUAACUUCACCUAUGAGAACGUCCUCAUCACUGGUGGCAACCAGAGCUGCAACUACCCCAGCACUGGCUGCCCCAGCUAA